CUACGGUGGCGCUCCGCCGUGCCCAAGUUUUCCAGGGGGGCGUUCUUUCACGCUAGAGGACUUGACUAGAGUCCAGAGGUCGUACAAACUUUUUCGAUUUAGCCCUGCAGAUUCCGUGAAAUUGGUCCGCUGUUGUCGGCGCUGUUAAAUCCGGCAACCCAAGCGGCUAUUUAGCCCCGGGACACGGCCAGAUGUUUCCUGUCGCCCCUUGUUCGUCUUCUUCCUCCUCGGUGGCGGUGGCCGUGGCCGUGGCCGGGUCGUCGCUUGUGUUCCCAACGAGAGGCUGGGAACUUUAAAGCGGAACAGGGUUCAUGGAGGGUGGAGGCGCAAGAAAUGUUUCUGCAGCGGCAGCACAGACAAAGGGAAGUGCGGAUGAUGGCUCCUGCAAGCCACUGCCUCCUUGCUGUGUCAAGGCGCAGGCUGCUGCGCCGGAAUCCGAGGCCAAGUGCCACGCAACUGUGGUGUCCGGGUGGUUCACAGGAACCCGCUCACGCUCUGGUAAACCAAGCAAAGCGCAGUACUUCAACAAUCCAAUGUGGCCUGGGGAGGCUCAUUCGUUGAAAGUAGAGAAGAUUUUGUACCAGGGGAAAUCGCCAUACCAAGAAGUUUUAGUAUUCGAGUCUUCAACCUAUGGGAAUGUCCUUGUGCUCGAUGGAAUUGUUCAGCUGACUGACAAGGAUGAAUGUGCAUACCAGGAAAUGGUUACUCACCUUGCACUGUGCUCAAUUCCAUCUCCUAAAAAUGUUUUGGUUGUCGGGGGUGGUGAUGGUGGUGUACUACGAGAAAUAGCCAAGCAUGACUCAGUGGAGACUAUAGACAUAUGCGAGAUUGAUCAGCUAGUUAUUGAUGUUUGUAAAGAUUUUUUCCCACGUCUGUAUGUUGGAUAUAAAGACCCUCGUGUCCGACUUCAUGUUGGUGAUGCUGUGGAGUUCUUGAGAAAUUCUCCAGAAGGAAAAUACGAUGCCAUUAUUGUUGAUUCAUCAGACCCAAUUGGGCCAGCUCAGGAGCUUGUGGAGAAGCCCUUCUUUCAGACAAUUGCUAGGGCUUUAAAGCCUGGCGGUGUUCUUUCUAAUCUAGCUGAAAGUAUGUGGCUGCACACACAUCUAAUCCAGGAUAUGCUUUCUAUCUGUCGGGAGGUAUUCAAGGGUGGCGUGCACUAUGCCUGGGCGAGUGUUCCGACAUAUCCUAGUGGUGUCAUUGGAUUUUUGCUAUGCGCGAAGGACGGUCCACCGGUGGACUUCCUGACUCCUGUGAACCCAAUCGAGAAAAUUGAAGGAGCUACUAAAGAUGGACGAGAGAUGAGAUUUUACAAUUCAGAGAUUCAUAGGGCUGCUUUUAUUCUGCCAACGUUUGUAAAGAGGGAGCUGGAGGCAUAUAACACUUCCACUGAAAAGGAGAAACCGGAGAAGCCAGCAGCAAAACCAGUGAAGAUGAAGGUAAUGCGGGACAGCGCAAUUACCGCUUCCUAGACUGUGGGCAGAUGCCCAUGCUCGUAUGCUAUUCAUCUUCCCCGACGAGACCCGCCGCGCUGUACAUCCGUGUUCCAUGCCUGUCCUUUACUACCAGGUUUUAUUUCAGUAGUUACAUGAUUCUGUGGUGCUCUAGCAUAGUUGCGUGGCAGAACUGAGAGUAGAAUGUCACUGAGUGUGUAUGGUGUGUUAUAGUUGGUGAAUAAAGGAGCGAACAGAAGUGAAUGUGUGAUGUGUUACCCUGAUCUGUAAUAGUAUGAUGUUUCAUUGUUA